AUGACCGCAACCGAUUCAGCAGCACCACCCAGCCGCGAGACAGGCAAUUCAGAGGAAACCCAGUACCUCUCGCUCAUCCGCGAUAUCCUGGAGACCGGCGAGACGCGCAACGACCGCACAGGCACCGGCACCAUUGCACUUUUUGCACCCCCACAGCUCCGCUUUAAUCUCAACAACGACACUUUCCCACUUUUGACAACCAAGCGGGUAUUCUGGCGCGGCGUAGUCGAGGAGCUCCUCUGGUUUAUCCGCGGCCAAACCGAUGCCCACACUCUGCGUGCCCAAGGAGUGCAUAUUUGGGACGGUAAUGGUAGCCGAGAGUUUCUGGAUUCGCGCGGAUUAACGCACAGACGUGAGGGUGAUUUGGGGCCUGUGUAUGGGUUCCAGUGGAGACACUUUGGGGCAGAGUAUGUUGAUGCUGACAGGGAUUAUACCGGACAAGGCGUGGAUCAAUUGAGCGAGAAUAUAAUGAGUGCGUGGAAUCCUGCUGAUAUUCAUAAAAUGGCGCUGCCUCCGUGCCACAUGUUUGCCCAGUUCUUUGUUUCUAACCCAGGGACGGAUCAAGCCACGUUGUCGUGCAGAUGUACCAGAGAUCGUGCGAUAUUGGGCUGGGUGUUCCGUUUAAUAUUGCUCGUUACGGGGUUGAAGCCUGGUGUGUUUGUGCAUUGCAUGGGGGACACACAUAUUUACGCCAACCAUGUGGAGGCCCUGAAUGUGCAAAUUGAGAGGGAGCCGAGGCCGUUCCCGAGGCUUAUCAUUAACCGCGUUCCGGAGAGGAUUGAAGACUUUACCAUUGAGGAUCUGGAACUCGUCGGGUACACGCCCCAUGGCAAAAUCCAUAUGGACAUGGCUGUUUAG